GAUUGCGGAUGAGAAAACAUGUGCCGUCGCUGCUCUCCUGAGGGAUGAAGAUCAUAUCAACAGACAGGAGUCUGUUCCUGCACACGCACACAUUCCUACAGUCUCAGAUGUAACAACAAAUCAAAUGAGUCAAUCAGUGCUGCAGAUGAGUCACAGCCCUCUUCUGUGAGUGCAGGCAUCGACAUGCAGCUCCACGUUGUGACUGGACAGAAGAUGAAGGGGGGAGGCGUGGUGCAGGGAGGGAGGCGGCUCCCUGGGAAUAUCUUAAACACUGCAUCACCAGCUCACCUCAGCUAAUUACUGCGUGGGUUGUCAAAAACUGGUCGUGUGUUUGUGUUUCUGCUGCGGCUCGGUGGCUCAGGUAUGGGGGCCUGAAAAACCAACCUGCGGACAUGAACCUCUACAGGAGCUUUGGAAACCUUAUGGAGGCUUGGGUAAAUGAAGGAAAUAUGUACACAGACCCUCCCACACCUUCCUCAGACAGUGGGACAAACUUCCGCUCACAGUCGGUGGACUCUGGCGUGGAGACGGCCAGCUCGGACACAUCUUUUCCAUCUUCAUCCUGCUUCUUCCCAUCAGAGAACGCUGAAACCGACACAUUCAUGCCGGAGGCACAAAGCAGUGGACUCACUCCGGCCUCCACAUCAGAGUCUCCUGUCUUGUCCUCUCCUGUGCUCUCCUCUCCCCCCUCAUCGUUCUCUCCCCUCUGUGCCGCCACCAAACCCGAGGAGAGCCCCAAUGCUGUGCUCCUAAAACUGGAGCAGUCGCAACAGAGGACUGAACCCCAGCCUCAGAGGAACAACCCGGGCCCUGUCACGGUGGAGGAGGUGCUCAGGCGACAGCCUCGAGCCGCAUUUCUGCCCAAACGACACGCAUCAGAAUUAAUGAGAGGUCAAAGGUCAGACUGCUAUGGUCUGAGGAGGAUAGCCAACGCAUCUGUGUCCCCAAAGCAGAUGUUGGAUACGCGCAGGCGGCCGAUGUCUUUGAGGUGUGACAUGCAGAGAUUAGAGGAGUGCAAUGAGGAGGAGAGGACAGGCCUGAGUCCUGGCCUCUGCUACCUGGAGCAGGUUUGUCAAAUGCUGGAGGAAGUUGCCAGACAACAGAUACAGAACAGCACCACGCUGACAGAGUUCCAUGCCCCGCGGGAGAAUGGAGACGUGCAGGCUCCUGACAGCUGUCAGACGGCAGCUGAGGAGGCGCUCGCCUCAUGUCAAAGGCUCAAAAAUGUGGAAAAUGAAGAGCAGGUUUCCACCGAACCUCCACAGCGUAAGAACUACGGACACUAUCGACAGCGAUCGUCCUCAGACACGACACACAUGAAUUCAGACUGCAGAGGGCAGCAUUUGAGAAGAAAUGACCCUCUGGAAACGACAGAGGAAGAGCACCUUAAGGAGGAAACUAAAACUGACGAGACCAAAAAAACGACCUGGAGGUCAAAAAUUGCAACUCUGAGAAGAGAGAUGUCUUCUGUAAGAGAUACAAGAGGCCAGCAGAUGGAGUCAACUGAGAAAAACACGGCCCGGCGACGGCUUAGCCAGCUCUUCAGGAGGAGGAAGACGUUGCCUGUGCGAGUGGACCAACUUCCUGUCGCGCCAUAAUGUUUGGUCAUUUUGGUUUCAGUUGUUUAUAAGCUUUGACAUCCUUGUCAAAUGAUGUGCUGUAGCUUCAUCUGCCGUCUUUAUUUAUUACCCAUGGACCUAUGCUGUAUAUAUUUGCCUUGUUUUUUUAUCUGUAAAAAAAUGUAUCAUGUUUUUAUAUUUUUGAAGCAGCACUAAACACCAUAUGUAUAAUAUGAAAAAAAAUC